AUGCAUUCAUUUUCAUGCGUUUCCGUUUUACAGAAUGUCGAUGGGAGAAACAUAAACAUUUUUGAAAAGAGGUAUGGCUACAACUUGAACGACUUGCACAGUUAUAUUUACAAAAUUAAUCUGCCACUUAAACCACGUUAUAUAAAUUAUGUAUUGGAAGAAAAACAGAAAGGUAAAAAUAAAAUAAAAUCGUCUGAAGACAGUUUGAAAGAAAAAGAACCAGAUGAUGGAAAUGAAAAGGAUAGACAAGCGCUAAAUUAUAAGCACAAUAAUAGUGAUAGUAAUAAUUAUAUUAAUAGUAGUAAUAAUAGUUAUAAUAAUAGUAGCCGCAACAGUAACAGUAGUGGUAGUUCCUCUAACCAGGUGGACAUAUACCACAAAUAUGAACGGGAAAACAUAAAUAACCCCCAAAAUGUGUAUAAAAAUAAAAUAGUAAUUAACAACGUAGAGAGUAAUGAAAAAUAUGAAGAUAAGUAUGUCCAUAUAUCAUAUGAUAAGAAUUAUAUAUAUGAUGAGCAAAAAAAUAAUAUAUACACUGAUGAUAAUAUUUCCAGUUAUAUUUCACAAGAAAAUGAUAUAUUAAGUGAUAAGAAUAAAUUUAGUACGAAAAAAACGUAUGUCAAUUUAUGCUUAAAUUAUUAUAAUAACUUAGAUACAUGCGUAACAAAAAAAUAUCAAAAAAAUGUACAAAGCAGGAAAUAUAAAUUUACUCGUUUACACACAUGUAAACCACAUUAUAUCUUGUUUUCUCGGUGUAUUAAAUACAGAGAUAGAAAGUUAAUGAACGAGAUAAAAAAAAUAGAGCUAAAUUAUUAUAGUUCCCUUAACAGAAUUAACAGAUCCAUAUACCUAAACGAAUUUUCAACAAAUUUGGGGUAUCAUGAGUACCUUAUAAGUAAACAGUUUGAUAGUGUGGAAAAAAUAAAACUUAACAAAGAGUUAAGCGAAUUAAGAGAACGAUAUAACCAUAUUUUAAAAUAUAAUUUAUGUGAUGAUCAUUUGCCAAAAUUUGACAAGCAAAAAAGAAAGACAUAUUCAGAUAAUGAAAAAAAAUACAUAUUAUUAAAUAUAUGA